AUGGGCAGCAGAGGUCGACCAUCACUCAAGCUGUCUUCGGAAGCACGGCUGGAGCGUCGACGGGCACAACUCGCAGAGUCGCAGCGAAAGUGCAGGGCGAGGAAGAGGAUGAGCAAGACCGACGAGCAGAACGGUUCCGCAGAGACAUCACCGGCAUCCUUGGGCGUGGAUAAUGCAGUAGUAGAGAGCAAUCUGGGUGAUGGUUCAAGGAUUGAAUUACACCCACCGACGGACACAGCGUGCGGACCUGUUGCUGUGUCCAGCGUUGCACCGGCAAGUCACUCUGAUUCUAAUAACCAAGUCCCAAAGGCUCAUUUCGCAGACAUGAAAACAGAGCAGGCGGUCCUUGUUGAAGGUAGCAUAGCUCAACCGUGUUGUUCUACAGGCCUCAAUUCGAAUCAGGCUGUCCUUGUUGAAGGUAACAUAGACCACCCGGGUUAUUCUAUGGACAUCCAUUCGGAGCAGGCGGUCCUCAUUGAAGGUAGCAUAAAUCAGCCGGAUUGGCCUGUAGAUUUGGAUGUGAACACUUGGAUGGAUGGAGUCAAUAUAUUCGACACCGGAUCUUUCGGAUUUGAGUAUGACGACCUUCUGGAUUUCGACUUUUCCACUGUGCAGGAACGGGAUGCGAGUGAGGCAGAGGAGACCGUCAAUCAGUCAAUCGAUGCCUCUCCUACGACUGAAGACAGCCCGUUCUCACCGCCAAGUCAAUCAUUUUACCAAAACGCCGCUGCUCUGUCACCAUACGGGUUCGAAAAUGCCGAUUUUACCUUGUUCGAUCUCGACCCGGACGCCGUUUCUCUGAUUUCAACCUGGGACUUGCCAUCACAUUUGUACAUGGGUGCCGAUAACCCAACGGCUAGUAUGUCCCAAAAUGAGCAAGUCAAUUCAAAUACCUCGACUUCUCAGGGCGGGUCAUCGUUAAACCCACCUUGCACUACUACGAUGCCUGAGCUAAUGGCAGAAACUUGA